AGCUGAUGCUAGACAGUAGGGCGCUAGCUCCAUUACUUGUUAUCAGGGAGCUUAGAAAUCAACUCCGGCCGGGGUUUCUUGGAGAGUCCGCCAGCUCGGUAUUCCUACAAGUAUCAUGACCUGGCAUUCCUCAUAGUUCAUUCAAUAAACAUGGCACUCUGACGGAGCCUAUAUCCACCGGAAAACAAUCACAAGCUCUCCAUACAUAUACAUACAUGCAUAUAUCUAUAUAUAUUCCCCUGGGAUUGUUGUGAGAAGAUUGGUGCUGUGGAUUUUCCUGCUAAGGAAUUAUUAUCCUCGACCUAUCACUGAGCUUGAUGCGCCGAGACCCUCCUCAGUCCUGCUCCGUUAUCCCUGACCCGAAUCGGUUCCUUCCACGCCAAUGGAAGCGGAGACUACGUUUGCAGUAGAAGGAGAUGAGCCAGUCCAAUGGGUAGCUUCUUCCGCUUCCUCGCUUUGUUCUGCGAGGCCCCACUCUAUGUCUAGGUCACGGACCGCGAGCCCUGCUGUGCCAACAGAAACCACCAGACUGCUCGUGGACAAUGAUAUCCCAACAUCGCAAUUGGUCGAGAGCGGCAAUUCAAGCAAUCAGGACGGAACUCAGGAUGCACUGUUGGAGGAGGAAAAUGACCGCAAACCGUGGUGGAAACGUCCUUCUAUAUUCUGGGUACUACCUCCACUUUUCCCAUUCACGAUUGCAUUCGGGGGAGUCGUCGUGCCGCAGAUAAAUCUCGCCUUGACAUUGAUUUGCCGCCAAUAUCUAUCCGACAGGGCGAUAGAAGAUCCUACCUUUACUUUUGCUCCCGUCAUCUUUGGAGAUACGAACCCGCAAUGUCGGAUUCCCGAGAUCCAAUCCCGAGCCUCGAGACUUCAACUGCAACUGAACUUAAUAUCUGGUAUCCUCGCAGCCAUCACAAGCCCGAGACUUGGGACUCUAACCGAUGGUUAUGGCAGAACUAAGAUCAUUGCCCUCUCGGGAUUUGGCAUGUUUCUCGGCCAACUUGUCAUGGCGAUGGUGGCGGCUCAAGAUGGUAGGAUAUCGGUCAAUAUUUUGCUCCUAGCAGCGAUGUUUGAUGGAUUGUUUGGAUCCUUCACGACAGCGGUAGCUCUUACUCAGUCAUACGCGGCAGAUUGCGUACCGCCACAUAACAGAAACGUAGCAUUCGGAUAUUUCUAUGGCGUUUUAUUUGGUGGCAUUGCUCUGGGUCCCUUGCUUGCUGGAUAUCUCAUCAAGUGGACGGGCAAUAUCCUUUACCUAUUCUAUUCCGUCUUAGGUUGCCUGCUAUUCUUCAUCCUAUUUAUGCUUUUCGCUGUGCCAGAGUCACUGUCGGAAGCUCGCCAAUUGGCUAAUCGCAAGAGUCAAGGGAUAGGCCCUCUCAAGUUCCGUCAAGUUCCUUCCUGGUCGCGAGGGGAUUUUAAUCCGUUGAAUCUCUUGAAGCCCCUCUCUAUCCUGUUCCCAAGCUCCACGAGCUCACUCGGCAGACGCUCCCUUCGCGAAUUACGAAUUAAUCUCAUAAUCCUUGCAUCCAUGGACGCUGUUCUCUUCGGCGUCGGGAUGGGGACUAUGUCGAUCAUUGUGAUUUAUUCCGAGUACAUGUUCGACUGGGGCAAUUUUGAGUCUAGCAUAUUUGUGUCCGUAGCCAGCUCUGUCCGAGUGGUUAUGCUACUUGUGGCUCUUCCAACAAUAACUCGUCUGGUCCGUGGCCCGCUUAGCCAAAGGAGUCGGGUCAACACUGGCUCCGAUAUGCUGGAUAUAAUCAUAAUCAGGAUAUCUACGAUGAUCGAUCUGAUCGGAUAUCUCGGGUACUGCACUGUUCGGACUGGUGGGCUGCUGCUCCUCUCCGGCGCGUUCGCAUCGAUGAGUGCAAUGGCUUCGCCAACGCUCACGUCCUCGUUGACGAAGCAUAUCCCCGCUAAUAGGACCGGCCAGCUGCUAGGUGCGCUUGGUCUGCUUCAUGCACUUGCGCGCGUGGUGGCGCCGACAAUUUUCAACUUGAUAUACAGCUCAACCGUCGGUACGCUACCACAAGCUGUAUUUAUGUGCCAAGUCGCUACAUUAUUUUUAAUAGCGAUGGCAUCCUUUUUCAUUAAACCUCAUGUAUAUAUGGACGACAACUUUGAGCCACACGACGACAACCUGGAGACAGGAGAGCAAGAUUAG